AUGGAAUCAACAAAUGUACGUUAUAAUGAAAACAAACGUUUGAUGACUAAAUUUCGUGCAAAACCAUUUCAAGAAUUAAAACUUCUUGUUAAUGAAAAAAAGCAGCAAAGUAAUAAACACAUAGAAACCGUAUUAAAUGUUCGUCAUUUAUCAAAAGAUAAAAUACCAUCGAGACCACUAAAUGGUAAUUCACCUUCGAAUGAAAACUUAAAAUUACAGAUGAAUAAAAUCAAUUAUCCAGAAUUAUUUACUUAUUAA